AUGGGUAACUCAAUUUCUAAAGUGCUAGGGAAGCUAUUUGGCUCGCGUGAAAUGAAGAUAUUGAUGCUAGGGUUGGACAAUGCGGGCAAAACGACAAUCUUAUACAAGUUGAAGUUGAACAAGAUAAAGACAUCUGCACCUACAGUGGGGUUCAAUGUGGAGACGCUGACGUUUAAGAAUGUCAAGUUCAAUAUGUGGGACGUGGGGGGUCAAGCCCGUUUGCGACCUUUGUGGAGACACUAUUUCCCUGCAACAAAUGCGCUAAUAUUUGUGAUUGAUUCAAGUGACAGGGACCGGAUGUUGCAGGCGAAGGAGGAGUUGUUCAGUAUUAUCGGGGAGAAAGAAAUGGAAAAGGUUGUUCUUCUAGUCUUGGCGAACAAGCAGGAUCUUCCGGGGGCCAUGACCCCCAACGAGGUGUCUGACUUUUUACAAUUGGGGGAGAAUUUAAAGAACCAAUUGUGGUCGGUUAUUGGUUCGAAUGCUUUGACUGGUCAAGGUUUGAUUGAAGGGUUGUCGUGGAUCGCCAAAAACACCUCCGAUUCCCACUGA